UGUUUUAUUGUAUGAAUUAACCAAUAUUUGGAAACAAAGAGUUAUUUCAAAACAGAAGUGUGGUGACAGUUAAAAAUGCAUUCCAAUGGAUUUUGGAACUGAUGAAUGCAUGUAAUCUGUCUGCAGUUUGGCUUUAUCUUAGCAACUUACUUUUCCAGUGAAGCAUUUUUCGUUAGAUUUUUUGUUAUUCUUCAACCUUCAAUUGUGUUCUGAAGAGCUAUCCAUUCUGCUCUCUGCUCCCAGACAACAAAACGUGUGCUGGCACAGAGAGCUUCUGCUGCUUUGUGCAACCCCUGCUUGUUCCUCUAGCUUCUUCUAUCACUUUUGUUAUUUUUACCAUUGCUUUCUUAAAGUCAUUUGGAGGAAACCAAACGUUUUUAUGUGAGACAUUUUUCUGCUCGUACUGGAAGCAGAUUUCCCAGCCAGAGCCUUGAGACUGGAGGUGGGAGGCCUUCUGCAGGUCAUAGCACUGGUAAGGCUAAGGAUGGCAUCCGGGAUCACAGAGUCCAGCAGAACACGUCCACAUCCUCUGUGCUGUGUGAAUGCAAAGUACAGAUGAAUGGUGAGAUGAAGGAUGAGAAACCUUUAAAUCACAGUCAGCGAUGUCAGUGGUGUGCUCAGGACAGCUGUGCACCCAGCAGUGCACGCUGAGCUCCAGCCAGCCCUCACACACCCUGAGCAGAGCCACCUGAGCUGCCCGCUGUGUGCUUCGAGUUCCCAAAUCCCAGCCCCCAGCUCUGUGCUCCCCCUGCAAUGUGAGAUGGGCAGAGGAGUGAGAAAGGCCUCAGCAGCUCGUGGCAUGAAUGGGUUUUCGUGCCUUUGAAGCACCCCUCGGACAGUAUUGAGCAAGACGCUGACGCACAACCCGUCCUUUGACGUCACGUGGCGGCAAACCCACAUUUAUCAGAAAUGUUUAUUGACCAUAAACCUGAUUGUAGGGUGGUCACAGGGAGGUGGUGCAGCGCUGGCCAUGAGCAGCCCGGGAGAGACCCCCGCCGUGCCCACAGAGGACACCGACACCCGGCGGUGAUGCCAGCCCUGCCCUCACACGUCUGCUUCCCUCCUGCAGGUGGGUGAGAAGAUGUAGCGGUGGAGGAGCAGCACCGCAGGGGGACGCGGGGCCGCACCAUGUCGAGGAGGGGCAGCAGCCGCGCCAGGCCCGACGCCUUGGCUGCCCUGCAGGCCGCCAACGAGGAGCUGCGGGCCAAGCUCACCGACAUCCAGAUCGAGCUCCAGCAGGAGAAGAGCAAGGUCAGCAAGUUGGAGAGAGAGAAGAAUCAGGAGGUGAAGCAAAUCAAAGAGCACGAACAGCACAAAAGCACAGUGGUGGUCACAGAGCUCAAAGUCAAACUUCACGAAGAGAAAAUGAAGGAGCUCCAAGCUGUUCGGGAAGCGCUUCUGAGACAGCACGAGGCCGAACUGCUUAGAGUAAUAAAAAUUAAAGAUAACGAAAUCCAGAGACUCCAGGCCCUGCUGACUGCUGUGCGCGACGGGGCUCCUGACAAGGUGAAAACCGUGCUGCUCACAGAGGCCAAGGAGGAGGCCAAGAGGGGCUUUGAGGUAGAGAAAAUAAAAAUGCAGCAGGAAAUUUCGGAACUUAAGGGGGCCAAGAAACAAGUGGAGGAGGCUCUGACUAUGGUCAUCCAAGCUGACAAAAUUAAAGCCGCAGAGAUAAGGAGUGUGUAUCACCUGCACCAAGAGGAAAUCACCAGAAUUAAGAGGGAGUGUGAGAGAGAAAUUCGCAGGCUGAUGGAGGAGAUUAAGUUUAAAGACAGAGCAGUCUACGUGCUGGAAAGAGAGUUAGGGGUUCAAGCCGGGCAUGCCCAGAGACUGCAGCUCCAAAAGGAGGCUUUAGAUGAACAACUGUCCCAGAUCAAAGAGUCUGACCGGCACCUGGGCAGCCCCAAGCGGGAACUUCCUUAUGCAAGUGGUGCAGGAGACGCUUCAGAUCAUUCGGGAAGCCCCGAACAGCAGUUGGAUGAAAAGGAUGCCCGGCGCUUCCAACUGAAAAUCGCCGAGCUGAGCGCGAUCAUCAGGAAGCUGGAGGACCGCAAUGCGCUGCUGUCGGAGGAGAGGAACGAGCUGUUAAAACGUCUCAGAGAAGCUGAAAGUCAGUACAAGCCCAUCCUGGACAAAAACAAACGCCUCAGCAGGAAGAAUGAAGAGCUGUCACACGCCUUACGUCGAAUGGAAAAUAAAUUAAAAUUUGUAACACAGGAAAACAUAGCAAUGAGGCAAAGAGCAGGAGCGAUGCGGAGACCGAGCUCCUUAAAUGACCUCGACCACAGCCAGGAAGAAAGAGAAGUGGAUCUCCUGAGACUACAAAUCAUCGAACAGCAGAAUAUCAUUGAUGAGCUCUCCAAGACCCUGGAAACUGCUGGCUAUGUGAAGAGUGUCAUGGAACGUGAUAAGCUGUUAAGGUAUAGGAAGCAAAGAAAAAAAAUGACAAGAAUUCCUAAGAAGCCGGUGGUGGAGACGUUUUUCGGCUAUGAUGAAGAAGCCUCCUUGGAGUCUGAUGGUUCCUCUAUCUCAUAUCAAACGGAUCGGACGGACCAGACCCCGUGCACCCCUGAAGAUGACCUGGAAGAGGGCAUGGCCAAAGAAGAGACAGAACUGCGGUUCCGGCAGCUGACGAUGGAGUACCAGGCUCUGCAGCGCGCAUACGCCCUAUUGCAGGAACAGGUCGGAGGAACAUUGGAUGCAGAGCGAGAAGUUAAGACACGUGAGCAGCUCCAAGCAGAGAUACACCGAUCCCAGGCUCAGAUAGAGGACCUGGAAAAGGCCCUGGCGGAGCAGGGGCAGGACAUGAAGUGGAUUGAGGAGAAGCAAGCACUGUACAGAAGGAACCAGGAACUUGUGGAAAAGAUAAAACAAAUGGAAGCAGAGGAGGCUCGCCUGAAGCACGAUGUGCAGGAUGUCAAAGACCAGAACGAGCUCCUGGAGUUCAGGAUCCUGGAGCUGGAGGAGAGAGAAAGAAGAUCGCCUGCUAUCAACUUCCACCACGUUCCCUUCACGGAGGGGAAAAGCCCUCUCCAGGUUUACUGCGAGGCAGAAGGUGUCACAGACAUAGUAGUGGCAGAGCUGAUGAAAAAAUUGGACAUUUUAGGGGAUAACGCCGUAAGUAACCUGACCAACGAGGAGCAAGUGGUUGUCAUACAAGCAAGGACAGUUCUCACGUUGGCUGAAAAGUGGCUCCAGCAGAUUGAGGUGACCGAGUCCGCACUGCAGCAGAAGAUGCUGGAUCUGGAGAAUGAAAAGGAGCUGUUCAGCAAGCAGAAGGGCUACCUGGAUGAGGAGCUGGACUUCAGGAAGCAGUCCUUGGACCAGGCGCACAAGCAAAUUCUGGAAUUAGAAGCCAUGCUCUAUGAUGCCCUGCAGCAAGAAGCUGGAGCCAAAAUUUCCGAACUUCUUUCAGAAGAGGAGAAAGAGAAACUGAAGAGCGCAGUAGAGCAGUGGAAGCGCCAGGUGAUGAGCGAGCUGCGGGAGAGGGAUGCCCAAAUCCUGCGCGAGCGCAUGGAGCUCGUCCAGCAUGCCCAGCAGAGAAUUAAAGAGCUAGAAGAAAGAAUUGAAGGCCAAAAAAGACAAAUAAAAGAGUUAGAGGAAAAGCUUUCAUUCUUUGGUCAUAGCCCUUCAGGCCAAAUGCAGAAGCCUACUGAUGAAACUGGAAUUUCUUCUACUGUUGCUAACUGGAAGAUGGCAUUGGUUGCCAAGACAGAAAAAGAGACAUUGCAAUGUCAAGAAACCCAAAUAUAUCUUGUAUUUUGCUGCUGGAGAUGGAGGAGCAAGCCUUAUGACCCUUUCAGACUGAAGAUGAACCAGGCUGCGUGGGAACUUCUGCACAGGUGGGGUCUGCACCGCUGAAACCUCUGACCAUGGAUUUUCAAAAGCUGGAACUAAGCUGACAAAGAAGAAAGCCAAAAACCCCUCCUUCUACUAACAGUUAUGGGCUUCUCCCAAGCCUGUCUCUGCUGCUUGGAAUAACUUUCAGUGGAGGUCCUCGCUCUGCUGCUUGAAAUAACUCAGCUUUACCUAAGGAGCAGUAUACUAAUUCAGAUAAACUGAAUAUAUUUUAGUUCCCUGCUAAGCAGGUAGAGAAUUGCUUCUCUGUGGAAGUGACUAUGUCCCGUUUUAUAUGUCAGUCGUUUAUAUUUGUGAUUCAUAGUUAUUUACAAAUCUGUCUUGAAGGAAAUUUAUAGAGAGAGCUCCAGAUGAAUAACUGAAAAGAUAAAUGUGAACUACGAGAGUGCGUUGUGUUCCCAGGCAUUUCAUCAUUGCACGGGGUCUGCCCCAUGGUUUGCUGACUACCCCACAAGCCCAGGAUUAGGGGAAAAACACGAAGCUCUGUUUGAACCCUUCAGGAAAUGGAAUUGUACUUGGCUCUGAGCUUUCAGUAGGCCAUGCUGCACAGCACGAUGACAAAACUGGCAUGCUAAUUUGGAGUUUGCUAUUCCUGAAUGAUGCUAAACGGCCCAACGCUGUCCAUUCAAACGUUCAACUUGAAAAAGAGUGAACCUGAAAACACAUCAUCCCUGAUCCCAGUGUGGGAGGUGGCACCGCAGGCACAAAUACGCAGAGCGUGCGGCCCGAGGCCGGGCUCGGAGCCAGGAGAGGGAAAACCUUCUAUAGCAACAGACGAAGGAGGAAGAACCGCAAAGGAGUCCCACCAGUACUUUGCCAGAUGGGAACUGGGGCCAGGUGUGCAAAUCCGGACCUGCUGGUGGAUGAUAGGAGCCGCCCGCUGUUCCUGGAGCCCCAGCAGCACGGCUGCAGGAGCAGCUCUGCCCAUCGCUGGGAGCACCAGGAGGAACGCGAAGCCAAGGAGCUCCGACAGGUAAGGCAGAAGAUUCCUAAUAGCUGAUUUAUUAUAUAAUUACAUGUAUGACUUCCUUCGUAACUACGUGGCUGUCGGUCUGACUCACUCAACCUAUUUGUGAUAAUAACGCAGAGAAAAAAUUGAAUAGUCCAAGGUCUUUAUGUAAAUGACUUAUUUAUUUGUCUUACUUCAGUCCGUAUUUAGACACUGAACUUCAGUAUGAGCACAGUUGUUUUGUUGUUGGUUUUUUUUUUUUUCAAAUCAGUGGUCACUCCCAAAAACAGAGUCCAUCAGGAUCAGCUGGGACGCGUCAGCCCUGAAGGAGCCGCACGCUGCUGCCGUGCCGCUUCUGCAGGGCUGCCGCCCGCCCAGGCGGCCGGACACACAGCGCAGGGCUGCGGCUGGAAAUCAUCGAUCCGAAACGGGGCCGC